AUGCGCCUCUUCAUUGCCGUCACCUUCUCCGCCCUGGCCAUUGCAGCCAGCGCUGCAGCCGUUAGCCCUGCUCCCGCUCAGGCACCGACCCCAAACCACCUGAGCGACUGCGUUGCGGAUGCCGGAGACAAUUGGGAUGAUGUCGUAGACUGCUACGAUGAUGCCAAGAAGGAGGAGUCAGACAAGGAGUGA